AUGACCGAUGCCGUAGCUUGGCCCAUGUUCCCCCGGCCGCGGGUCGCGUCGCGCGGGCCCCCGGCGGCGGGCGCGCCCUCGUCGGACGCGAGCCCCGCGAAAAACGAAGCCACGAGGAACGACCCGCCGAAAGACGAGCAGGGGCGGAACGACCCAUGCGGAGGGGACCGCCCUCUCGCGGCUGGAGCCCGCAAAACGGCGGGAACCGACCCGCUGGCUUCCCACCCGCUCACAUCCACCUCGGCCGACGUUCACGCCGGACGCGGCGGCGUGGAUACGUCGCAUCGCGACGGCGAGUACGCCAAGUUUCGCGCGGUGCUCCGCAAGAACUUCACGCUCAAGACGCGGGGUUCGCAGCUGUGGUGCACGAUACUCGAGGUGCUCGUGCCCGUCGCCUUCAUCGCCCUCAUGUGCCUGCCGCGGCUGUUCAUCUCCGAUGAGAGCGUGGAGAUGACGCUGCACCGCCCCGCGCCGAUCCAGAGCAUCACGUGGAGCGGCCGCGUGCCCGGCGGACCCACGGGCGACGGUCCGUACAGACUCCUCUGGUCCCCGGACACCAACGCGGACGCCGAGAGGGUCGCAGAGUCAGCCGCGAUAGACCUGCUCUGCGGCGGAGGCUUCAUGACGCAGGUCGCGCUCGCGUCCUCCGUGGAGCUCGACCAGGACGCCAUCGCCGAGCACGGCAUCCUCGACGUACCGGAGGUGCUCGCGGGAUGCAGGAACAACCCGGGCGCGUGCGCGGGGUUCGUCAAGCGGAGGGGCGGGGUGGACAGCCUCGGCCCCGACUCCGCCGUCGCGAACCCCCUCACGCUAGCCUGGCUCUGCACCGAUUCGUGCCUCGCCCGACGCGAGUGCUACCGGCCAGUCAUCGACGAGUUCCUCGUCGGGUUUCCCACCGAGACGGCGGCGAUGGCGCACGCGAUGACACUCGCCGAGCGGGGCAGAUCCGUCGCGGCGAUCGUCUCGCUCCCAAACGACCUCAGCCGCGAUUCCCGCCGCGUCGAGUAUAAAAUCAGGGUCAACGCCACGGACGUGCCCACGGGCGACCUCGGCGCCAGGUGGUCCAGCGAGAAAUUUCAGCGAUGGGUCGUCGGUGAGGAUACGCGUUGGCGGACCUACUGGACGUACGCCAACGUUCAGAAGUCCUUCGACCAGGCGCUCAUGAGUCUCACCGCGGGGGAUGAAAGUCCGGCGCCCCGCGGGGUACAGUUGCUGGCCUCGGUCAAAGGAUACCCGUUCCCGGCGUACAGCACCAACCUGGGUUCUACAUUCGCGUCCGUUUUCUUCGGGCUCGUGUACGUGUUCACCUUCUGCAUCACCGUGGUGGUGGUGGUGAAAGGGGUCACCGUCGAGAAGGAGCUUCGCAUCAGGGAGGGAAUGAAAAUUUUCGGUCUGAGCGACCUGGCGUACUGGAGCAGCUGGUUCGUGACGAGCUACACGAGCCUCCUCCUCGUAUCGCUACUCGUCUCCAUAGUGGGAAUAUACCCGUUCAGGUACACCGAUUGGACCCUCACAUUUGCGUUUCUGGCGUUGUGGACGUGCCAACUGGUGGCAUUCUGUUUCUGUCUCACGACCUUUUUCUCAAGCGCAAAAGUUGCCGCCAUCGCCUCGGCUCUGGUGUACGUGGUCACCUGGGUCCCCGGCGUGAGCGCAGUGGCGGCCGAUAACAUGGGCAGCGACUCGUGGAUCGCGUCAUGCGUCAUGAUGCCGGCGACUUGCGUCUACAUGUGGGGAUGGGUGGUUUCCAUACUGGAAAACGCGCAGAAAGGCGCGAGGUGGGACACCGUGUCUUUGAACCUCCUGGACGGCGGUGAGAUUUCAGCAAGCGAGGGCACGGGCACGUUCUCCGGCGCGCUCGUGCUGGGCGUCACGGCGUGCAACGCGGUGGCGUACGCGAUUCUGGCGUGGUACCUCGAUCAGGUCAUACCCGGUCCGUUUGGAAGGACCCGACCGUGGUGGUUUGUCUUCGACCCCUCGUAUUGGCUCGAAAAAAAAUCGUCUGCUCCGGCGGUUGGCGAUUCGGGACCUCACGACUCCGCGAGCCUUCCCGACGGCGUGGAGCCCGUGGAUCUCGACAAAAACGACGCCGUGCCCAUGAUCAUAGUCGAAGGUUUGGUUAAGACCUUCGGGUCGAACAGGGCGGUCGACGGCCUUCACUUCGCGGCUCAUCGUGGGCAGAUCACCGCACUCCUCGGACACAACGGCGCCGGCAAGACCACCACCAUCUCCGUGCUCACCGGCAUGAUCAACCAGGACGGAGGCGCCGCCACGAUCGACGGCAUGAGCGUCGAGACUGAUAUGCAAUCUAUCAGAAAGGACCUCGGCGUCUGCCCCCAGUUCGAUGUCCUCUGGCCGACGCUCACCGCGAGGGAACAUCUCGAGCUCUUUGCCCGGUUCAGGGGAGUGCCUGAGUCCGAGAUAACCCGCGAGGUCAACGACAAGAUCGCCGCCGUUGGUCUCGAGAGCAAGGCCGAGUGCGAGGCCGGCGUGCUCUCCGGGGGCCAGCGCAGAAAACUCUCUGUGGCAGUGGCGUUCGUGGGAAAUCCGUCUGUGGUGAUCCUGGAUGAGCCAACGAGCGGCAUGGACCCCAGGAGCCGGCGAUACACCUGGGAGGUCAUCCGUGGUUUCAGGCGGCGAAUGGGCACCACAAUUCUGCUCACCACCCACUUCAUGGACGAGGCUGACAUACUCUCUGACCGCGUGGCGAUCAUGUACGACGGUAAAAUGGCCUGCGUUGGGUCUCCACUCUACCUCAAGACCCGAUUCGGGUCCGGGUACCGACUCACGGUGGUGCUCGGGGACUCGGCGGAAUCCCCCGCUGCCGUGGACUCGGUCGUUCUGAACAGAAUCAAGGGCGCGACGCAAACGUCAACGGCGGGAUCCACAGCGUCUUACGCCGUCCCCGCGUCGCAGCGCGCGUCAUUACCCGAUGUUCUCAACAGGCUAGAGUCGCGGCGGGACGUGGUCGCGUGCGGCGUGAGCUGUUCCACGAUGGAGGAUGUCUUCCUCAACGUCGCCGAGUUGGAAAAAAACCUCGGCUCCCCGAUCCCGUCAACCGCCCCCGCGUCAGAGCCGGACGCUGUGCGGGUUGAGAUGGACGAGCCAUCAGCCCCGGAUUCGCGGGUUCACGGCUGGGCACUGUAUCGCAGGCAGUUCCACGCGAUGCUUUGGAAGCGGGCUAUCCACGCGCGAAGGGACAGGCUCGGCAUCGUGACCAUGUACGUGGUACCAAUUCUCUUUGUCGUCCUCGGAAUCGCCGUGUCCAAGAUUUCGAACGAGGCGUUCGAGGAUCCGCCGCCCGCGGUCAUGGACAGGAGCUACCUCGGCGACCUCCCCACCGCCUUCUCCGCCGCGACGACUUUGGACGUCCAACGCGUGACCGGUCACCUUUCUCCGUCCGAGGUUUUGCCCGUGCCGAGGACGGGCGGCACUUGGCGGUGCUGGAACCCGUCGCCCGUCGUCGACGUCUGCCGACCGGACGCUUUCGAUCCGAUCAUCCCCGGCUGCCCCAACUGCACGGCGCCCGAUGACCUCCAAAACACGAUCGAUGGCUUCCUCCUCUCGAACAUCCCGGACCAGGCCACGUGCGCAAACCCAGAACACACGGACAACGCGAGCUGCGCGGCGCUCCUCGUCGAUUCCGCCGCCAGGUUUGCCGUACCGGGACGGACCCGCGAGGUCAAUUACACCGUCAUGGUGUCGUCCACGGCGUACCACGCGCUGCCAGCGUCCCUCGCGUCGUUCCACGAUGCGGUGUUCAAGGCGCUUCACCACGAUGCGCCGGAUGCGACGCUGGUGUCGAUCAACCACCCGAUGCCGACGUCGUCCGAGCAAAAGCUCGAGCAGGCCAUGCUCAUGCACCUGGUCGUGUCGCUUUGCGCCCUGCUCGGGCUGGCGUGCCUCUCCGCCUCCGCCUCCGCGUUCUUGGUGUGGGAGAGAACGUCCGCGUCAAAACACCUGCAGAUGGUCAGCGGCUUAAACCGCGGGGUUUUCUGGGCGGGUGCCUACGUGUGGGAUCUCAUAGCGUUUGGGCCGCCGCUGGCGAUUUUCCUCGUGAUUUUCGCUGCGAGCGAGGAGGAGGCGUACACCGGCGAGUCUUUCGCGGUGGUCGCCGCGGCGCUCGGGCUGUUCGCGCUCUCCGCCCCGCCCCUCGCGUACCUGCUCCACUGGCCUUUCGAGAACAACAUGGCGUGCCUCGCCGGCCAGAUGGGAGCCUACUUCUUCUUCGGCGUCGCGCAGAUAAUCUGCGCCGUCGUGCUGGGCGGGUUGGCGGAAGCCGGCGUGGACGCGGCGGAGACGGCGUGGGAGGUUUUGCAGUGGGCGUUUCGGUGGCUGCCGCACUACUGCGUCGCUCGAGUCCUCUUCAACCUCGCGGGCAACCACGCGGACGUCAGGCUCGGGUUGGUGGACGCCAAGCCGAAGGGACCGUGGCACCCGGAGGUUUCCGGUCGGGAUCUGGGCGCGAUGGCUGUGUGUGCCGCGGCGUACGCGCUUCUCAACCUGGCGAUCGAGUACGAGGUCUUCACCGCCGCGUGGUGGCGACGAAGGCUCGGGACGACGAGAUUCUCGACACCGUACGGCGGCGGCGGCGGCGAUCGGUUCGACGACGGAACGAACGACGAGGACGAGGACGAGGACGCGGGCGUCCGGGCCGAGCGUGUCGCCGCUUGUUCCGACGCCCCACCCGGGUCUUUGAGAGCGCUCGUCGUUCGGAAUCUCCGGAAGCGGUACCCGCGCCGACGCCGUCAAAUUGGGGGUUUCGUCGACGCCGUCCGCGGCGUGUCCAUCGCCGUGCCGUCCGGCGAGUGCUUCGGUCUGCUCGGCGUGAACGGCGCGGGUAAGACGACCACGUUCAAGAUGCUCAGCGGUCAGUUCCCGCCCACUUCGGGUGACGCGUCGGUGACCCCGCGCGGCUUGGACGCGACUUCGACUCCGACGAGCUUCAACAUCCUCACCAACCUCGCGAGGGUCAGGCAGCACGUCGGGUACUGCCCGCAGUUCGACGCUCUGCAGGGCACGAUGACCGCGGUGGACCACCUGCUGCUUUACGCGUCCCUCCGGGGUUUCGCUCCCGCUCGCGCCGUGUCAACCGCUCGGGACCUCAUAGACCGGCUGGGAAUACAAAAGUACGCGACGCUCCCGGCGUCGGGGUACAGCGGCGGGACCAAGCGUAAGCUCUCCGUCGCCAUCUCCCUCGUGGGCGACCCCGCGGUGGUGCUACUGGACGAGCCGUCCACGGGCAUGGACCCCACGUCCCGGCGCCAGCUGUGGGGGGUGCUUCAGUCCACGUGCCGGGGCCGAGCGGUGGUCCUCACGUCGCACAGCAUGGAGGAGUGCGAGGCGCUGUGCCACCGCGCGGGGAUCAUGGUGGCGGGAAAGUUGCGCUGUCUGGGGCCCAUACAGCGUCUCAAGAGCGAGCACGGCGCCGGGUACUCGCUGGACCUUCGCGUCGGCGGCGACGGGGCGAUCGACGCCGUCCGUAAACUCAUCGAGCGGAGGGUUCCCGACGCGACGCUCAAAGAGGAGUGCGCCACCAGGCUGCGGUACGGGCUGCCUUCGAGCGCCGUGGCGAGCGUGUUCGCGCUGUUGGAGGACAAAUCGAACGAUGGGCUCGUGCAGGACUAUCAGCUCGGGCAGACGACGCUGGAGGAGGUGUUCCUGAGGUUCGCUGAGGGGGGCGAGGAGGACGAAUAA